AUGUCGGGCAGGGAGCGCUUGUUUGCCUGCGAAGUGAUGGUGGGGCUGCUGGUGGCUGAGGAUGAGGGGAUGCGAAUAAAUAAAAACAACACCGAUGAUAAGGCUGACAAAUGUGCUGAUAUUGAUGCUCUUUGUGUUGGGCCUGUAUUUCUGGACAGAACGGUCUUCUUCACCUCCUUCUUUGAGAAGAUCAAAGCCCAGGAGGAGGCCAAAGACAUACAGUUGGCAUAUUAAUCAAUUAUUGCAUCUUUUAUCAUUAUCAUGCAAGUCAAAGUCUAUUUUUCCCCAGUGCAAGUUGAUUUAGUCUAUGCCCAGAUGCCACGGAGGUCUCUCAGUGACACACUCAACCUUCUUGACGACAUGUGGAUGAAGGACAUGGAUAAAGCCUCCGCCAGGAGUCUCAAUGGUUACAGAGUCACAGAGGAAAUCCUCCGUCUUGUGCCGAACGUCUCAAACUUCAGGCUCGCUCUGAUAGCCAUCAAGCUGUGGGCCAAAAGACGCAACAUUUACUCUAGUGAGCUGGGCUUCUUGGGCGGGGUAUCCUGGGCCAUUCUGGUAGCCAGAAUUUUCCAGGUUAAUCCAAACAUGACAGCAUCCAGCCUGGUGAUGAAGUUCUUCAGGGUCUACUCCAUGUGGGAGUGGCCUAUCCCUAUUCGUCUGAGGGUAGUGCAGGACCUCCACUACAACCUUCCCUUCUGGGAUUCCAUGUAUAACAGACGUGAUCAGUACCACUUGAUGCCGAUCCUCACGCCGGCAUACCCCCAGCAGAACUCAGCGUUCAAUGUGUCUCUCUCCUCGCUGACCAUCCUGAUCGAAGAGUUCAAUUGGGGUAUGUAUAGUCACCCAGCUGACAACCAUCACAUGGUCACUACCUGCAAUGCGAGGCAAACAACCAUCAAUUCCCGUGUUCUAACCGUGGAUCAAAGGGAUUACCUUCAGGUGGAAGCAACUUCUGCUACAGAGGAGCAGCAUCUUGAUUGGGUGGGCCUGGUGGAGUCCAGGAUCAGACACCUGGUGGGAGCUCUGCAGAUACAUCAGUGCAUUACCUUGGCUCAUGGAGGGUCUGAGCACAAAGUGGGUGAUUGGAUUUACCCUGACAGAGGAGUAUAAGAAGAUGAGGAACAAGAACGAUAUCGACCUGACCUGUGAAGUCCGCAACUUUACUGAUACUUUCUACAACCUGGCAAAGACCAGUGGCGUGUUUCAGAAGGGAAUGGUCGUUUCAGUCAACUAUGAAAAGAGGGAGGCAGUUGCCAAACAUGCCAAUGUGCUGCCCUGCCACACAGCUGACAAGAUUUGAUGCUUUGUUUGACAAAAUAUACAGUUUUCUGCUGUUUUUUAAUGAUAUCUCUUUUUUUUUUAAAUCUUCACAAAAACCAUAAUUUAAAAAUGACAUGUUGUGCCUUUACAGUGGCUUAUGCACUGAAGUCUUUCUCGUCCUGGAGUUACAGGGAUAUCAAGACUCCAGGAAGUUACUGUGCCCAGAUGAGAAAUUGUCCAGCACAUAACCCCUGUAAAAAACACAAUGUAACAUUUGUCACGCUUUAUGAUAAAUUGAUUAUUCUCUCAUAAGAUAUACAUAUUAAAUAUUGUUGAUAACCGUUUUAAGUACACAUUUUUAGUAACAGAGCUCUUGCUGAGAAUGUUACAAAAACAAAAUAAAAAUCAUUCUUGUUCUCUACAGGAAUCCUCUAUUACAUCACGGCCCAGCAAAGCCACUCCAGCCUCCACAGCUCCACAGGCCACAAAGAGACCUCGUUCUCCCUCCCCUGGACCUAUAUAGAAGAAGUUAAAGCCUGAGGAGACAGGAGUGAAAGAGGCGAAGACCACCUCCCCUGGAAAGGGACCUCUUGUGUAGCAGCGCUCCCCCAAAGAAGGAUGGUUGAUGAUAUUUGGGAACUGAAUACUUUAAAUGGAUGUGGCAAAAAGCAGGCCAGAGUCAGUGAUGAAAAAACUUUUUUCAACGUUUUUGCAACAUUUCCCCUAUUUUUAUUGUGAAU